AUCAGCAGAGAGGAAGGAUUUCAUCACAUCCAUUUAAAGGAGCAGCUCUGUCAGGGGGUGGGUAUAGAACAGAGUGGUGUAGAACGUCAGAGAUCUCAGCAGUAAAGAUGGAGAGAACCGUGUUCCACGUGCUCGUCGUGUUUCUCCUGACGCCGGUGCCGAGCAGUCUGCAGGAAACGGAAACUCACGGAAAUUUUCAGGAUCCAUGCAGUGAGCUGAAGCAGCUCCGAGAUCUCGUGGAUCAGCAGACGGCCACUUUAUCUGAGAUCAAGACGAAGAUGGUGUACAUGGAGAAAGAGAACGCAGCUCAAUCAGCCGAGCUGUCAGUCGUGAAGAGUGAACUGGGGAGUGUGAAGAAGCAAAACGCUGAGCGGCCGAAGAUAGCGUUCAGCGCCGGAUUAUCUGCAGGACAGGCAGGGCCGUUUAACACCGAAACCACUCUGAUUUACAGUAAAGUCAUCAGCAACAUCGGAGGAGCUUAUAACCCACACACAGGCGUGUUCACAGCCCCGGUUCGAGGCGUGUACUAUAUCCGCUUCACAGCUGCCACCUACAACACCAACAACCACAACAUGGGCGUUCAUCUGUACAAGAACAGCCAGCACCUCAUGCACUUGGGCGAGUACAGCACGGACGGCACUGCCAGACACGUGUCCGGCGCUCUGGUGCUCGAUCUGGAGGCCGGAGACGUCGUGUAUCUCCGCCUCCUCACCAACUACACCCUCUACGAUGACACGAUGCUCCGCAACACCUUCAGCGGCUUCCUCAUUUUCCCUUCCUGAAAAACAAACAAACAAAACACCGUCCAUGUUCCAGCUCUGUGUUUAAUCUCCAGGAAAAUGAGUUUAUCUGCAUCCGAAUGUGUUUCUGUCCUUCUGGGUGUGAGAUCACGUCUCCACAUUGAGUGUAAAACUUAAACCUCUGACACUGGAGACUCCUUCAAUAAAUGCUAAUAAAACCCCACCUCCUUCCUUCCAGAAAACUUCACCAGAUCAACAACAACAAC